AUGGCUUUGGUAAAUUUUAAAGAAAAAAUUCAAAUUUUAUUAAAGUUAAAAGAAUCAUUAAUACCACAAGUGGAUGGAAACUUUAUAAAAAAUUGGGAAAUGGAAGCAGUAAAAUAUCAGAGAACAAGCGAGAAUAUUAUGUUAGAAUUAAAAAAUGUAUAUUUCAUGGAAGGUUUAGUAAGUGCCAUUUCAUCUCAAUUAUCCUAUCUUCGGAUAAAUUUACAAAAUUAUCAAAGUAUGUCAGAACAUGAAAAAGAUAAGUUUAAAAGAUUAUAUGUUUUGGCUGCUCUAGGUUUAAUAGCUAAGUUAAAACUUAUUUUAUUUUUCUCAACUUAUAUUAAUUCAAGAGAGCAAAAAAAGUAUGAAAAUUAUCCUAAUAUUAACGAAAAUAAUUAUAAUUUACAACAGAAUAAUUGUGAAAAUUCAUACAAUAAUGAAAUAGAUAUAUCCAUUAAUAAUUCUGAAGAUUAUAUAAAUAACAAAGAUAAUAAAAAAAAUUCAUUCCAUAAUAAUUUAAAUGAUUAUUAUUCACAAUUUCAGAAUAUUUCUGAUAAUUACAAAGAAAAUAUUUUUAAUGUAAUGUUACUUAAUAAUUUAGUUAAUUAUAAUGCACAGAAUAAUGAUGAUAAAAAUUUAAAUGACAAUUUUAAUGAAAAAGGUUUAAAUAUUUACAAUAAUAAUAAUAAUAAUAAUAAUAAUUAUAAUUCACAUUUUACGAAUGAUUUAGGUCUUUCUUUAUCAAUGAUGAAUAAUUUUUCAUCACAAAAAAAUGAAAAUUUACAAAAUUCAUCCAUGAUAACAUCAAAAAAAAGAUCUUUACCAUCAACUCAAAUCCAAAACAAAACAGUGGGUUUUUUAAAAAAUCCUCAAACUACAGAUGGCAUAAAAAAUAAUCAAGAAGAACAAAUGUUAAAUUAUAAUAGUCAAAUAAAUAUUGAAUCACAAAACUUUUUACAACAAAAUCAAGAACAAAUUUCCAAAUAUUUAAGUAAUAUCCAUCAAAAUAUUCAAUCAGUAAAUAAUGAAAAUUCUGAAUUGCCUAACUGCAGUUCAAGUUUAAAUUCAUAUUAUCAAUACCAAAAUGACAAUAGACACUCAAAAAAUAUUUUACGAUCAUAUAAUAAUAAAGUCUAUGGUAUUAAUGAUAACAUAUGUAAAAAUAGUUAUUAUUUAUAG